GGGAAACACCUCACUCUGUCACUCUAUAAAUGUCUGAGGUGGCCCCAAGGGAGGACUUGAGCCUCACAGCUGUCUCCUCAGGACGUGAAGUUCCCAGCACUCCGCCAUGAGGUUGGCAGUCCUCUCCAGGUUGUUCUGCAUCUUGCUCCUCUGCUUCUCCAUCUUCUCCGUGGAAGGGAGAAGGCAUUCUAGGCAUCUCGCCAAGCCCAGGAAAAGCAAGCUCUGCUGCUCCCGAGUUCCUAGUCCUGGCCUGACCACCCAGAAAGUGCGCCACGUGAGGAUCUGCAGACAGUGCAGCGUCAAGUCAGGGUCCCGUACUUGGGUGGUACCCGGGGCUCUCCCGCAAGUGUAAUGCUGCUGGAACAAGGCUGGACACAGUUGAGAUCCUCAUGCCCAGUGCCUGAGGCACGAGAAGUCUCAGACUCUCCCAGAAUGCUCCUCCUGAAGCUGGGGCUGAUAGCAAAGAUGCCAAGAGCCUUGGCCCAUGGAAGCCUCUGCCCAUGAACCAUAAGCCUCCUAAAGAUA